AUGGAACAUCUACAACAUAUAGUCGCAACGGUCACAGUGUUUACAGACGUUGAUGAAUCUAUUGAUUUUCUCACUGACAUUGAAAGCGAAAAAGUAUCUAUGAUGGUAUCAGGUGCCCUGGCACAACACAUAAUACCGAUAAUUCAAGAAUGCCCACAGUUAGUCUCAAUUUAUAUUUUCUGUGACAAUCAAUCGAUUCAUCAACAAUGGGCCAAAAUAAUACCUAAAGUAAAAGGUGUAUACACACAAAUUGUAUCGAUUUGUGAAGCAUUAAAAAUCGAUCGUGAAAAUUGUGAUCGAGCUAUGAUCCCGAUCAGUUAUCAUGGCAUUGAUGCGUUAUUUAUGUACACGCAAUUGUUAAAAGAAGCAUUUUUGGAAAUCGAAGAUGAUGAUACAAAAUCAAUUAAGGAACUCGUUGAGUACUGUCGUCUUCAUAGUGAUGCUUCCGAAAAAACACUUAAAAUGAUCGAAGAAGAAUAUCGUGAUCAUGCACCCAUUUGGUGGUACACGGGUCCAUAUUUUAUCUACUCAAUGCUCAAUCAUGGCCUUCGACUAAUGGAUAUUGAUGCUAUACUAAGAAUGGGCUUUUUUAUUCGCCAUCUACAUCAACAUAUUACAGACUUACAUCGUGAACAGCAAAGUAGCAAAGUUGCCAUGCCAUCGAAAUUUCAAGUUUUUCGUGGUCAAGGCUUAUCCGUGGAAGUCUUUGAAAAAAUGAAGAAAACCAAAGGUGGACUUAUGUCGUUUAAUAAUUUUCUGUCGACAAGUCGUAAUCGUGAGAUUUCUUUCGAAACCUAUGCACGAUCGGCAGCGUUCAAUACGAAUUCAGUUGGCAUCCUCUUCGUUAUGAGCAUCGAUACGGCCAUUUGCACAUCAUCAUCGACACCUUUCGUCAACGUCAAAGAUAUUGACUUCUACGAGGAUCAAGAAGAAGAAAUUCUUUUUUCGACACAUACAAUUUUUCGUAUCGAUCGUAUAGAACCUAUUGAAGACAAGCAUACAGAUCGUCUCUGGCAAGUCAAUCUCACCCUCACUGGUAAUCAAGAUGAUGAUUUUACCAAACUUACAGCACAUUUACGCAAAGAACUUGACGUCGCGGGAACAGGGUGGUCUCGACUGGGUUCUAUUCUUAUUAGGUCGGGUGAGCCUGCAAAAGCAGAACAUCUCUAUCAGCUACUCCUUGAGAAGGCAUCUUCUGAUGGAGAUAAAGCACAGUAUAAUGGUGAACUUGGCACGGUGUAUGACAAUAUAGGAGAAUACUUGAAGGCAAUAACAUUUUACGAAAGAGCAAUCGAUAUCUACAAGAAAAUGAGCCCUCCGAAUCAUUCCGACUUGGCUACUUCCUACAACAACAUCGGUAUGGUGUAUUAUAACAUGGGCGAGUACUCGAAAGCACUUUCAUCGUAUGAACGAUCACUUGAAAUCCGAAAAAUAGUUCUCCCUCCGAAUCAUCCCGACUUGGCUGCUUCCUACAACAACAUCGGUAAUGUGUAUAAUAACAUGGGCGAGUACUCGAACGCACUUACAUACUACGAAAAAGACCUGGAGAUCAGUCUGAAAGCUCUCCCUCCGAAUCAUCCCGAUUUGGCUACUUCCUACAACAACAUCGGUGCGGUGUAUUAUAACAUGGGCGAGUACUCGAAAGCACUUUCAUCGUACGAAAGAUCACUUGAAAUAAAAAAAAUAGCUCUCCCUCCGCAUCAUCCCGACUUUGCUCAAUCCUACAUCAACAUCGGUGCGGUGUAUGAUGAAAUGGGCGAGUACUCGAAAGCACUUCCAUCGUACGAACGAUCACUUGAAAUCCGAAAAAUAGCUCUCCCUCCGAAUCAUCCCGACUUGGCUGCUUCCUACAACAACAUCGGUUCGGUGUAUUAUAACAUGGGCGAGUACUCGAAAGCACUUUCAUCGUAUGAACGAUCACUUGAAAUCAAAAAAAUAGCUCUUCCUCCGAAUCAUCCCGACUUGGCUGGUUCCUACAACAACAUCGGUUUGGUGUAUUCUCACAUGGGCGAGUACUCGAAAGCACUUUCAUCGUAUGAACGAUCACUUGAAAUCAAAAAAAUAGCUCUCCCUCCGAAUCAUCCCGACUUGGCUGCUUCCUACAAUAACAUCAGUGCCGUGUAUUAUAACAUGGGCGAGUACUCGAAAGCACUUUCAUCGUAUGAACGAUCACUUGAAAUAAAAAAAAUAGCUCUCCCUCCGAAUCAUCCCGACUUGGCUGGUUCCUACAACAAUAUCGUUGAUUCUCAAAUAAUCGAUGAUAAACACGAAGAUGAAGAAUUAUCUGAUCAUAUUCAUAAGAACUCUUUAUCAAAUGUUAACACUGUAGUUACUAAAGUAACUGGUAUAGAUGAAGCUGAAUUAAAUGAUUUAAUUGAACUAUGA